UGGCGGUGCCUCGCCCCGCUGCCCCUCCCGAGCAUCGGCCGUCGCGGAGGCGCGGGGCCGGUACUCACGGUCCGCAGCAGCGCACCGAGCGCGGCUCGCAGCGCCCCGCAGCUCGGGCAAAGUAAUCCCGGCUGCGCUAAACUCCACGAGAGCCGCUCCCGGAGCCCCGCUCUGCCUCUCGUCCCGGCUGCCCGGGACGUUGUUCCUCAGGAAGACAGGAAAGGCUGCCCAGAAGAAGCGGCGCCCGACCGAAGAUGUUAGAGGAGGCGAAGGGGGGUGGCUUUUUGCCCGCUGCGUGCCUCCAUGCCUGUCAUUCCCUUGUCUUAAUCCUUUAGGAAGGAGUCGCCAGGCAGACAGAGCGUUCCUGGAGGGGCGAUGCUGCCGAGCCCUGCCCCGGGCAGAAGGAAGCAGCCGGGAGAUGCGCGGCCCGGGGCGGGCAGCGGGAGAGUGUGAGGAGCUGCCUCCGCCUGCGCCUUUCCGAGAGGGAAAAAGCAUGGUGAGAGCUGGACCCGAUUCCUGGAGCGCAGCCCCGCUGAGCAGGAGGUGGGAUUAUUCCGGAGUAGUUAUGGAGAGCUAUAACUUGGCAGCGGUGUGUUAAAGCGACUUGUUCCUGCUGGGAGAGGAACCAACCGACUGCGGGCAUCGCCGGCGUGGUGGCCGAGGGAAGGUCACUCGGGUCCUUCUCCUCCUCCUCUCGCCUCUUUCUUCAUCCGGCAAACGACCGAGGGAAAAACUGGUAAUCGGCUCUUGCCAGUGUUGGGAAUACCGUGCCUUUUGCCUGGGAUGAUUUGCCCUGAUGUGCCGCCUCAACUGGAUGUACAAAGUGCGACUGGGACUGAUCCGGCCAACAAAGUUUUCAGAGUGAUCAGCAGGGGCCGUGGGAUGGAGGCAGCUGGGCACACACCAGCAGGGUCCGUCACGCACGGUCCGACGGCACAGACCUGCUGCUCCCUUGAAAACUAACUCCUGGUGGUCCACUCUUACUUCACCUCUGCCAAUUUGCACUUUCAGGGAAAAAAACCCACAUACACGAUGCAAUGCAGUGUUCCCGUGUUGGUUUUGUAUAUAAGAUUUGCUAUGCAAUUCCAAAACUAAAACAGGAGAGACGGCCCUGCGUCCCAGAGCAAACAGGGAAUCAGAGGUGAAAGGAGAAACUAUGACUUGGAACGACACCACUAUGGACGGGGAAGGGUUGCUGGUGGAAAGGGACUCCUCUUCCUUUCGGAUCCUCACGGGCUGCUUCCUCUCGCUCCUGAUCCUCUCCACGCUGCUGGGAAACACUCUGGUCUGCGCAGCUGUCAUUCGCUUUCGCCACCUCAGGUCCAAGGUCACCAACUUCUUUGUCAUCUCCUUGGCCGUGUCAGAUCUCUUAGUGGCAGUUUUGGUCAUGCCUUGGAAAGCUGUGGCUGAGAUCGCUGGUUUCUGGCCUUUUGGUUCAUUUUGCAACAUCUGGGUGGCCUUUGAUAUUAUGUGCUCAACAGCCUCCAUCUUAAACCUCUGUGUCAUUAGUGUGGACAGAUACUGGGCCAUCUCCAGCCCGUUUAGGUAUGAGAGGAAAAUGACCCCCAAGGCAGCCUUCAUCAUGAUCAGCGUGGCAUGGACUUUGUCCGUGCUGAUCUCCUUCAUCCCGGUGCAGCUGAACUGGCACAAGGCUGCAACCACGAGCUUUUUGGACUUCAAUGCCAGCUUAGAAGGUGUAACCAUGGACAACUGUGAUUCUAGCCUAAACAGGAUGUAUGCCAUCUCCUCUUCUCUAAUUAGCUUCUACAUCCCCGUGGCCAUCAUGAUAGUCACCUACACCAGGAUAUACCGGAUUGCUCAGAAGCAAAUCCGGCGCAUCUCGGCUCUGGAGAGAGCAGCAGUGCAUGCCAAGAACUGCCAGAACCCAGGUGGCAACAGGAGCAGCAUGGACUGCCAGCAGCCAGAGAGCAACUUCAAAAUGUCCUUCAAGAGGGAAACAAAGGUGUUAAAGACCCUCUCGGUGAUCAUGGGGGUGUUUGUGUGCUGCUGGUUGCCAUUUUUUGUGUUGAACUGCAUGAUUCCCUUCUGCGAGCCCACCCAGCCAUCCAAGGGAGCAGAGGCUUUCUGCAUUAAUUCCACCACCUUUGAUGUUUUUAUAUGGUUUGGAUGGGCCAAUUCUUCCCUCAACCCCAUCAUUUAUGCCUUCAACGCUGAUUUCCGCAAGGCAUUCUCCACCUUGCUGGGCUGCUACAGGCUCUGCCCCCUGUCUGGCCAUGCCAUCGAGACCGUCAGCAUUAACAACAAUGGGGCCGUGGUUUUUUCCAGCCAGCACGAGCCCAAAGGGUCCAGCCCCAAAGAGUCUAAUCUGGUUUAUCUGAUUCCACACUCCAUUAUCUGCCCGGAAGAAGAACCUCUAAAAAAGGAAGACGAGGAGGGUGAACUGUCAAAGACCUUGGAGAAAAUGUCUCCAGCACUGUCGGGUAUCUUGGAUUAUGAAGCUGAUGUUUCUUUGGAAAAGAUCAAUCCCAUUACACAGAAUGGGCAGCAUAAAACCUGAACAGUAAGGUUUACUCAGCAAGACCUAAUGGUGUAUAUUGUAAUAAUCUUUUUUUGGGGAAAAAAAAAGAUAUACAAGAUUUUUUUGGUAAGAACCUAAGCUCUAAGGGAGAAAAAUGCACAUUUACACCAAGUCCAGAAUUAAUUUUCCUGGCAUUCAGAGCAAAUUUAACAUUUCAAACAAUAAACAGAAAAAGAUACUGGAAAUUGGUUAUAAAAAAGGAUGUUAAACUGUACUGUUCACCCUGAGGAAAAUCUACACAUUUAGAUACAGUGCAGUUACAAAGAAAAUGUUGCUUCUUCUCUGUACAGAGAAACCAAUUUCUAGGUAAAAGUGAGACAAAAGAUAAAUGUUGAGUAUUUAAAGAUUAAUGUUUACUCGAAGUUAAAAGAUUGCUUUGUCUUGUGAUAGUGGGUGUUAACAGGUCCUAAUUAAUGACUGAGGGAUUGUAAAGGUAGGUAGAUGCCUUCUUAAAAUUAUUUCUGACAAAUAAUUGAGCCUUAUAAUGAGAAUGGUUAUUUUUAAAGCUUUGGGAGGUAAUAUGUUGAUACUGGUUUUAUUUAUUUAUUGUUUUAAAUUAAUAUUUUUCAUAUGUUAUAACAGGUCUAGCUUUAUUUAUGUUAUUUAAGAUGUUUAAAUAAUGGGAUAUUUUUGGAGUGUCAUAACUGCAUUUUGACCAGUCAACCAGUCAGCACUUUAUUACAAGCUCUGAUAGUCUGGAGAGCUGGUGAGGGGAUUGGAGGAGUGUUAAGGAGCUCAGCAAGAAAUGAAGGAAUCAACAGAACUGAUGCUGUGUGGAGUUGGUUUGCUCGUGGGCUUUCUUUAUUUUUAAGUGGGAUUUCUUUCAAAAGAUAGGACCAGAGUUGACUGAGUUGCAAAUUUUCUUCCCUUAUAGAAAUAAAAGAAAUUGCUGCUAUUUAUUUUUAAAAAGUUUCAUGUUACAGAGACUUUGCUAGAAUGUCAAGUUUGUGGAUCUGUAAAUACCUUAAAUAUGACUACAACCUUAAGAAGAAUCCAAUUUGGGAGGGAAAGCUUCUUAGAUAACAAUUCUUGGUAUAUAGUGUUUUGUAUUUAUGUAAGAUAAACAGCUUUCUCAGAAUUUUCUUAUUUCAAGUCUUGGAUAUCUUUUCUGAGCAAACACACUGGGUUAUACUGGUAGGAAGGAUGCCAUAACCUGGUUAUCCUGCAGGACCACCUGGAGCCUGCUGUCUGUCUGCUCCUCUGUCACAGUCAGAGUUAAAACCUGAGGUCCCUGGUGCUUCACCCCGGGAGCUGGGAGGACGUUUCAGUUCAGUGAUUGCCAUGUCAGUACUCCAGUCUGUAAGGAAUAGUGGCCUCGUUACCCUUUUGGAUUAAAACAUUUCUAAAUACGGCUGGAACUGCAGCCUCCAUCUCGAAAUCCUCCUGUGAACUCCAAAAAAGUUGCCAAUGUUUAAUUAAAAAAUCCUGCUACUUUGCCACUGUCCUUCCCUGCUGCUUUCCCUCUGUGAUGCCAAAAGCAAUCAGUGAGCAUUAGCAACAGGAACGUUGGGUGUUAAUAUUCAGCAGCAUUCAAAGGAAUCCAUUUCUUUUCUAAAUGGGAGAAAAUACCCUUUGGAGCAACUUUUUCGUAACAUAUAUCAAAACAAAUGUGUUGUCAGGAAAAGAGAACUGAGAGAAAAAAAAAAUUAAAGUCUAAUGAACUAUAUACAUCCUGCAUCAGGUCUGUGUAUUUAUGUAUUGUGAAUGUUUUCAUAAUUUUAUUGCCUGUAUGCUGCUUUCAUACAUAUAAUAAAAUUAUUUUGUGAACAGAAGGUCAAAUAAAGCAAUCUACAUUGCAUUUAUUAAAUA